GGAAGUGAGGCCGGUCACCAAGAUGGCGGCGCUGGGCAUCGACGUGGAGGAUGAGAGUAUCCUGGCGUCGAUUUUCCGGGAUUGUUUCCCGGAGAACUGGAGGGAGAACGCGGAUUUCACGGUGUACCUGUCCGAGCUGAGCUCGUACGGAGUGGAGAAGCUGAACCGGGAGCCCGAGAGGCUGGCGGAGGACCGGGCCCAGAUCCUGCAGCAGACCCAGCAGCUGGCCUUCUCCAACUACAAAACAUUCAUCAAAACCGCCGAGUGCACCAAGGAGAUCUACCGAGACUUCGGCCUGGUCGAGAAGCACGUCUCCGCCCUCCUGGACAAGCUGCCCGGCCUCAGCGAGAAAUGCAGGCAGUUCAUCCGAGAGACGGAGGAGACCGGCGCCAGCAGGAGGAUGAACAGCCUGACCCUGAACCGCCACACCGAGAUCCUGGAGAUCCUGGAGAUCCCUCAGCUCAUGGACACCUGUGUCAGGAACGGCUACUACGAGGAGGCUCUCGAGCUGACCGCUUACGUGAAGAGGCUGGAGAAGAAACACUCUUCCAUACCCGUUAUACAGGGAAUCGUGAAUGAAGUGCGUUCUUCUGCUCAGUUGAUGUUAAACCAGCUUAUCCAACAGCUACGAACCAAUAUCCAACUUCCAGCGUGUCUACGGGUCAUAGGCUAUUUGAGAAGAAUGGAUGUAUUCACUGAAGCUGAAUUAAGAAUAAAGUUUCUUCAAGCUCGAGAUGCCUGGUUGAAAUCUAUGCUUGUCUCCAUAAUGGACAAUGAUCCUUACUUUCACGUAACUAAAACAAUUGAGGCUUGCCGAGUCCAUCUGUUUGAUAUUAUCACUCAAUAUCGUGCUAUUUUCUCUGAUGAAGAUCCUUUAUUGCUUUCAAACAAUCACACUGUGAAUGAAAGUGCUAUUUUCCAUGGCUGGGUGGUUCAAAAGGUUUCUGAAUUUUUGCAGACUCUGGAACUGGAUCUUCAGAAGGGUGUAGGUGGCCGCUUGGAUUCAUUGCUGGGCCAAUGUAUGUAUUUUGGGCUUUCUUUUAGUCGUGUGGGAGUAGAUUUUCGAGGACAGCUUGCUCCUAUGUUUCAAAAGGUUGCUAUGAAUACUUUUGAGAAAGCAAUUCAGGAUGCUGUGGAGAAGUUUCAGGAAGACAUGAAUCUGUACACAUUAACCUCUGCCCCUCCAAUACUAGGCAGCACGAUCCCUGUGUCUCUACCAACUAAUCAGCCAGGCACUCUACAACCUCCAAUGGUACUUCUGGACUUUCCUCCGCUGGCAUGUUUUCUAAAUAACAAUUUGGCAGCUUUUAAUGAUCUUCGCCUCUGCUGUCCCAUAGCACUUGCACAGGAGGUUACCAUAUGCUUGGAAGAUGCACUUGUGAAGGUUACAAAGUUAAUUCUCAUUUUUCAUCGAGCAGAGGAAACUGCUUUCAGUGUGAAAGAACGGGAGCUGUUUCUCCAGUUCUGCAUUACAUUUACUGAAGAUUUAGUGCCUUACCUGAAUCGAUGCUUGCAGGUUCUUUUUCCACCUGCACAAGUAGCGCAGAUUCUAGGCAUUCCUCCUACUCAGCUUCAUAAAUAUGGUUCCAUUGGAUGCAUUAACACAAGUGUUAUUCUAGAAAUGCUUGAUUUUCUGCUACCGAGAAAGGAAAUUAUAAUUCCACCAAACAAUUCCAUCCAGCACUUGCCAGUGGAACAUACCAUAGACAGCUCUGGAUUACUAAGUGAACAGUAUCCACCAGCAUCACCUUCAUGUGUGCCAAAUGUAACAAUGGAGGAAAUGAAACCAGAUCCCCUGUAUGUGGAUAGCCAGGCAACAGAAGAUGAAUCACUUCAAGCUGAACUGUAACAUGUUUAUAAUUUAGCAAAGGUAGUUGUGUGUACAUGGGAUUCACAUUUUUUCCAAAAGCGGACUGAAUUGUAUAAAUGCUUGAUUUUCCCUAUUAAUAUUGAAAACGUAAAUUAUUUGGAUUUAGUUGAAUCUAAAAUGUGGAACAUAUCGUAAUUGAAAAAGACUUGACAUACUCAACCAAGGUGAGAUAAAUGCUACUUUUUGUUAGCGCAGUUUGUUUAUUUAAACUUGUUAAUAUUUCAUGUUUUAUUACCUGUUUAUAGUUUUCCCAAAUAUCUAAUGUUUUGAAACGUCAAGAAUUUUUAGUAGCUAGUAUGAAAGAGAAUUGAGGAAAGAACAAAUGGUUGUGUCUUAACAAUGAUAGUUUUCAAUACUGACACAUUCUUGUUGUUUUAUUUUGUUAAAUUGUUGGCAAAUCCAUGUUAAUAUUUAAUGCUGAGGCACCUACUUAAGGACUGAAUUAGCAGCAAAUACAUUUUGUUACAAUACCCGAUUAUUCCAAGUUUUACUUCAGGAAUUAGAAAAUCACUUGGUAAUAAAUUGACCUGACUUUAUUUAAUAUCUUCUAAAUAUGGGAUCAUCAUAAAUCCUGCCUGUUUAAGGGACUUGAAUGGUGUUGAAUCUUUUCAUGGUAACAUUUGAAAGGUAAUGUGUUUAAAGACUUUAAUUAUAUGAUGCAAUCACACUACUUACUUGGAAAGCUACUCUGAAAUUGUUCUGUAAACCUAAGUUGUGGUGUUUGUGAAAUAGAGGUGUGCUGGUUUUGUAAAUAACCAUUGUGAAACUUGUUAAGUUGUAUUAAUCAUUGUAUACAUUCUUUGUGAACUGUAAAUAACAAAUCCAAGGUGGAAAGUGUUGCAAAAUUAUUCCUGGGCUUCUAAGAUUUUUCUCAUAAGGUGCCAAUGGGUAAGAUUAAAUAAUGUUUUAGGUCCUGUCCUCAU